UGUCGUCAAUCUAUUCGUUACCUAUUGCCCUCUGCGGUUAUUGCCGCCGGCGAUGUUAUAAAAUCCUCCGGCGGUUUACUACAAUGCAAUAAUUGCUGUCGCCGUUUAUAUAUAAUUAUUCUCCAUUUCGCCUUCCAAAUCUUCCUCCUCUUUGAUUCGAUCGGCCCAAUGGCGGGCCUCGACGCGGUUCACCGGCACCAGGCCUUCCCCUCCCGCCUUCUUCUAUUCCUCACGGCGCUCCCCAUGACGCUCGCCGCCUUGGCUUUCGUCCUCCAGUGGCGCGGCGGCGUAGAUGAUCCCGCGUCGCGGUGGCUCGUGGCCGACGCCCAGGGGUUCCCGGGGACGGACAACAGCCCCCGGAGUUCGUCAGGUUCGUCCACACCUUCCGUGGUUGCGCGCUUCUCCUCGGACUGCGCGGACAUCCUCAGCUCUAAUUCCUCACCUUCCUUCCCUUACUACCGCGGCUGGAAGUUCGAUUUCGACAAGGAUCUGGAGCCGAAGAUAUGCAUAACAACAAGCACCUCAGCCGGUUUAGAGCAGAUUAUACCUUGGUUAUUUUAUCACAAGGUCAUCGGUGUGUCACAAUUUUUUCUGUUUGUUGAAGGGAAGGCUGCGAAGCCUCAUGUUUCAGCUGUUCUUGAAUCUAUACCUGGUGUAAAAGUCAUAUACAGAACUAAAGAACUUGAGGAGAAGCAGGCAAAAAGCCGAAUAUGGAAUGAGACUUGGUUAGCGGGCUUCUUUUACAAGCCUUGUAAUUAUGAACUCUUUGUCAAGCAAUCACUCAACAUGGAGAUGGCAAUAGUCAUGGCACGGGAUGAUGGUAUGGACUGGAUCAUUCAUCUUGACACAGAUGAGUUAAUGCAUCCAGCAGGUGCAAAGGAAUACUCUUUAACUCAGUUGCUUUCUGAUGUUCCUGCUGAUGUUGACAUGGUUAUAUUUCCAAAUUAUGAGAGCAGUGUUGAGAGGGAUGAAAUCAAAGAUCCUUUCAGCGAGGUAUCUUUGUUCAAAAAGAAUUACGAUCAUCUACCAAAAGAGAUUUACUUUGGUAUGUAUAAAGAGGCCACACGUGGUAAUCCCAAUUACUUCCUUACAUAUGGAAAUGGGAAAUCAGCUGCACGAAUUCAAGACAAUCUUCGGCCAAAUGGUGCACAUAGAUGGCACAACUACAUGAAAUCUCCAAAUGAGAUCAAGUUAGAGGAGGCUGCUGUACUGCAUUACACAUAUUCAAAGUUCUCCGAUUUGACAUCCCGACGAGAUCGGUGUGGCUGUAAGCCAACCAAGGAGGAUGUCAAGAGGUGCUUCAUGUUAGAUUUUGAUAGAGCGGCUUUCAUCAUUGCUUCAACUGCCACUGAAGAAGAAAUGUUGCGUUGGUACAAUGAACAUGUUGUAUGGACUGACAAACAGCUAAAUCUGAAGCUCCUCAGGAAGGGUAUCUUGACACGCAUAUAUGCACCGAUGGCCAUUAUCCAAUCUCUGAGGGAAAAUGGUGUUUUGAGCUCUGCAAUAGCAUCUGCUCAUGCAUCUUCCAAACUCAAACUCAACUCGACAACCAAGAUUCCUCAAAGGAAACCUGAUGCACACCCAGAUUUGGUCCACGGGCGAUCAAAAUCACAAGUGACUGCAAGGAAGAUCAUGGAUAUCUCCGGCGGCACCAUGGACAUUGCAGUCCCACCACUAUCUCCCCCAUGCUUGCACGAUUUGAUCACGGAGAAAUGAAACGGCAUCAAACUCCAUUUCUUUCCCAGGUUCAUAUAUUUCAAGAACUUGGAAAUCCAAACGAGUUUAGUGAGGCUAAGAAUUUUUCUAUAGGGAAUAUUUUGAGGCUUUAUGAACCCUUUUUUUUUUUUAAUAUACACGUAGAAGAGCAGUAGAGUGAUUUAGGAGAUCAGUAACAUUCCUCUUGCACUGUUAGAUUUAACAAACUCAUGUAUUAUGGAUUUCUUAACUGCUUGUAUAGAAAUUAUUGGCAUUUCACCUUACUUUUUCAUUUUUAAUAAAGUAAAAAUCUUUGAAUCA